UCCGGACCUAAAUGUACAAUCAUGCCUACAGAUUUAAGUGGCAAUUGGGAGCUGGAGUCAAAUGAAUAUAUUGAGAAUUAUCUCAAAGCUCUGGAUAUUGACUUUCCCAUUCGUAAGGUUGCUUCACACCUUAGUCCACACAAGAUCAUUAUACAGGAUGGGGACAACUUUGUGAUAAAGACACAGAGCACCUUUAUGGCCUAUGAGUUCAGCUUUACUGUUGGAGUUGAAACGGAUGAAUUUACGAAGGGACUUGACAACCGGAUGCUAAAGACUGUGGUUACCUGGGAAGGGGAAAAACUGGUGGCCAGACAGAAAGGGGAGAAGGCAAAUCGUGGAUGGAAACACUGGAUAUUAGGAGACAAGCUUUAUCUGGAGCUAACAUGUGAAGAUGCGCUGUGCUAUCAAGUGUACAGAAGAAAAAGCUAG